AGAUGCAUUGGCGAAACUUAAAGUUUUAUUUAAGUUUUUCAUUUAAUAUAGUUCUAGUUGUGUUAUAUAUUACCAGUAAAUUAUAUGAAAAGUCAAAAGAAAGAACGUUAAUUUUAAACAAAAAUAAAUUAAAUGUGGAUCAAAGAAGUGAACCCAACAAAUUUACCAUACAAGAGCGCAUAGCCAAAAAUAUUCCUUAUUUGCCCAUAGAAGAUCUGUUAACCACUCUAAGCAGUAGUCGUAACUACAAUUAUACUUGCGCUUGGUAUCCAAGCAUCAUGGAUAUACAAAUACAAAAUGAAUAUUGGCAAAUAUUUCAUAACAAAAAGCAGACAUAUUUUAUAUUUGGAGCCUACCUGGAUGUUAGGCCAUUGGUGACGGAAAAUAAGAUAUUAAUAAGAAUAUUAGCUAUGAUUGAUUUAAUUUCUGAACAUGCCAACGAUUAUCCAGCAGCAUAUUGUCAAAUUUGGUUUAGAGAACGAUACAUGCCUUUAAUUGUGCCUGUGGAGAGGACACAAUUUAUAUGGAGAUAUAAUUGGGGUCAUAAUGCUAAAUAUAGUUUUCCGCAUAUUCUAACAUGUGCUGUGCCUAGAGCUUACAAACAUUUCAUGCCGAAAAGUGUAUCGUUGGUAGCAGCACCCUGUGAUAAGGCCACCAAUCAUGUGAGAGUAAUUUACAGACCACUGAAGUCUAGGGAGAAAAAAAGGGAUUUCGCAGUCUGCAUUAAGGGUUUAGAUUUUCCCUACACCGAUUUAUCAUAUCGUUUGGUGGAAUAUAUGGAGUCUUUACGAGUCCUAGGAGCCCAGAAAGUUAUAGUGUAUAAUUUAGAGUCACAUGCUAAUAUUACAAAGGUAUUAAAUUAUUAUCAGCAGACAGGAUUUGUGGAAAUUCGUGCAUUUAGUUUUUCUCUAAAAUAUUCAAACUUACCGGAAUAUCGCCAUCUACAGUUGACCACUAAAAAGGACGCUUUUCGUUUGCAUGAAAGCAUACUGUACAACGAUUGUAUCUACAGGAAUAUGUAUCAGUUUAAAUACAUAGCUGUCUGGGAUAUAGAUGAAUUGCCCAUACCUUUAAAAAACUACACAAACUGGCAGGAUCUGGUUAAAAUGGCUCAAGACUCUAAGCAGCCCAACUGUAAAAGCUAUGCCAGCUUUUGUUUUUUGUGUGCCUAUUUUCCAAGCUAUGCAGAAAAACCAACAUUUAGCAAAGAGCUUCCUGAUUACUUUUAUAUGCUGCAACAUGUAAGACGUGUUAGGAGUUAUGCUGAAUAUGGUUGGGCCAUGAAAUGUCUGCAUAAUACGGAUCAUAUUAUAGCUACCCACAAUCAUUUUCCUAUUCACUAUGCUGCUGAUUGCAGGGAUUACACAUUUCACAGCACGGAUGCCCAAAUGAAUCACUAUCGGGAUCCACCAUUUAAAGAAAAUCUUUCGAAUUCCAUAACAGACCAAAGAUUGUGGCGUUUUGCUCCACAAAUUAUAGAGAAUUCAUUAAAAAUAUUCGAGGAAUUGGAUUUUUUUGAGAAAAUUUAAUAAAUUCUAUGUAGUAACA